UCCGCCAUUUCAGUCUCUGCACCUCAGACGCCUCUUGCACGCUCUUCGUCGCGAUCAUCCUCCCAAACAUUGUGACGAUGGGCGAGCAUUCAAAUGCUGCGACAAGCACUCCUCACCGUGCUGACUCUCAACCUCAGUACGCGUUCGAAGUCGACCAUCCGCCUAUUAUGUCGUCUUCAGCACCCUCUUCCGCGUCCAAAUCUGGGACCAAGGCCAGAAGAAAGAGAACUAGUCCCCAAGAUCAUGCCAUUCUCGAAACUGCCUAUCAGAAAAACUCGAAACCUGACAAGGCCGAACGAGUUCAUAUCGUGAGCCAGGUCAACAUGAGCGAGAAGGAAGUCCAGAUCUGGUUUCAAAAUCGUCGACAGAAUGAUCGUCGGAGAUCAAAACCACUGCAACCUCACGAGCUCGUGGCUCAUCUUCACACUCGUACUGCUAGUCCCAUUCCUCUGCAGGUCAUCCCCCCUGCGGUGAGAGACCUAUCACCUUCCUCCCUCGGUCGAACAAACCUUUCACUUGCGCCUCCAGACAGCAUACCACGGCCUGCAUCCCGCGCGUCGAGUAUCCAUGACCUUCUCAAUCCCGCGUCUUCAGCUCGUAGCGACAGCAGCCGGGACGAGGCCCCACUGGGCAGCCAAGAGACUACAGGACGCUCUACACCCCCAUCGAGCUUUGAACAGCCGGUCAAUGUCUCUGCUGACGCUGCGCAGAACACCCCCGUUGAGCUUCGAGUUUCGAAAGAGGAUGACAAAGUAGAACAGCCUAGCAGCGAGCCUGGCAGUGGACGAAAGAGGGAUCACGCUGAAAUGACUGGAACAGACACCUCAGCACCAGGAGAAAACGCACAAGAACAGAAAGUACCACCACGAACUAAAGAGCCCUUGUCGAGAUCAUCCAGCAUGGUGCGUUUGGCCAUGACUGUCGAUGGAGCAGUGAAAGUACGAACGAAUGAUGAACCUACUCCUUCUCCGGAGAAGCCACGCAUCGCGGCGCCGGUCAGUCAGAACAAGCCCAAGACUGGACUUAUGCGCAGCAAGAGUGCAAUGAGCACCAUAGACAUCUUUCAGGACUCCACGCAAGGCGCACAGUCGAAAGUCAGAGAACCAGGAUUCGGUCGAUCGCGUGAUGCCCGGACCUGGGCUUUCUAUUGCGACAGUACUGCCAAAGAUGCUUUGUCGGCGCAAGCUGAAGCUGAAACUGCUGGGUCUGCCAUUAGCGCCAUCAACCUAAUGCGAACAAAUAGUCUCAAGUCACGAUCCCAAGCGCUUAGCCCGUCUGUUUCCAAGACCAACACUCGGAUGGGCGUGGCUCGAAAGGAUGGUAAACCGAAACUUGUCCGUGCUCAGUCCUCCUUGGGUCGUCUGCAAAGUCUAGCUGGCGACGCAGACCCGACCCUGCUGAAGAAACCUAGGAUUGAUGGUCAUGUGCGAUCACCCCCUGGUGACUCGGACAAGGAAAACUGGGCCCCAGGAACUCAGCUGUCUGAACAUCCUCUUCGACGAACACAACCAAGCGGCCGUCAACGACCGAUCCUCCAAGAAAACGAAGAAAUCACGUUCCCUGAUGCAGCCUCUUCCCGAAAGCGACGCGAAGCAGAGGUCAACAGUGGUCAGUCUCCAAUCAAAGAGAAGGCCAAAGGUGAUGAUCUUGAUUGUGUCAAGAGCCUGCUGUCGUUGAGUCAAGGUGCCUGGAGAUAGCUGCAGCGAGUGCAAAGCCCGUGGGUUUCUUACCCCUCUCACGAUUAUUGAGUCGGGCACCACCGAGCUGGACCUCUGGGCUAGAUCUUAUUCUCGGCCUCAACGACGCACUUCAAUCCACCUCGAAAGAACAUAAGAUUGAUAUGUGAUGGUGAGCCGAAGUGCAUCAGCAUAGAAUACGCACGAAGGAAAUUUGUUUGAAUACUAUGAUAAUGAGGCGCUCUCAUCUUUCGAUUGCGGGGCGAAGAGCGAGGGCCUGAUUGUUCCCGGAAUUUAGGUUGCCUGGAUGCUGUUCACUGUUCUCAGUCAGUGCAAGAAGAGAAAGAUACCGAAGGGAAAUGCGACAUUGAUACUGUAUUUUAUGCGAGAAGAUAACAAACCAUGCUGUUAUUUGAAUUGACCGAUGGACAAUAGCUACAUUCCAC